GGCCCCUGGCCACACCGGGGAGGUCGAGAAAAAAUGCCAGCUUCUCUAAGAAAACUGCAGCAAAUGGCUGUUUUCAUGGGACUGUUCAGCGGCGGGGGAUGCAUCGUGAUGUAUAAUCUUAUGCAAAAAAGUUUUGCCAGGACCCAGUACUAUCAGCAGGCUUUGGAGCAACUGAACAGCAAUCCCAAUGCCCUGGAAGCCCUGGGUGCCCCCCCUCUCAAGGUUCACAACAUCCGACUGAUGGAUGGGAGUAACCGUGUGGACACAGAAAGAGCACAGAUCAAGCUACCAGUGUCUGGAGCAAAAUCAGCAGGGGACCUCUGUAUUAACUCAGAGAUGGACCACUCCCGUCAAUGCUGGUGCCUUCAGGAUGUCACCUUGAAACUGAGGGAUGGUCAGAGAAUUCCUGUUUACCACUCCCCGGUGGAAAGCAUUAGUGUGCAAGAAGGCUAA